AUGGCUAUCCCUGAUUCGCCUUCGCCUCCUUCCUCGCCUCCGCCUCCGCUGGUUUUGGCGCCACCUGUUGUUGAUGAUGAGCAGCCUCACCAGGAGGAGCAGGCUGAUCGGGAAGUCGCCGCCGUGAGCGAGGUUGUUGUUGGCAGCGGGAGUACUGGAGCUGCAGGUUCUUCAAACCACGGUGGCGACGGUGGUUCCGGUGGAGGGAGUGGCCAUUGA